AUGUUACUUGCAACAGCAGUUGCAAUUGUCUGUACCAGCAACGUUCUCGCCCAAACUACCACUGCUGCUGAAACAUAUGAUAUUCCUAACGCCAAAAUUGCAUGGAAGAAUAAAUAUCCCUCUGGAACUACGAAACCUGUUCCUAAGCCUGAAUGGGUUGCUCUUGUCAAAGAUGAUGCCGCAUUAAAGAUUACACCUAACAUUUUGACACCUGAUGGUAUUAUUAAAAAUGCUAAUCCCACCGGUAAUAACACACAUUGUAACUGGACUUGGGAUGGAUGCGUCAAACCAACAGAUAUUGUUCAUUGUACUGAUCCUAAAGUGUGGGGAACCAGUUUUGAUGAUGGUCCAUAUGAAAUUACUCGAGAACUCUUGAGUUAUUUGAAAUCAAUUGAUCGUAAAGUUACUUUCUUUGUCGUUGGUAAACAAGUCAUUACUUGGCCUGAAAUUCUUAAGGAAGCCUACGAUCAAGGCCAUGAAAUUGGUGUCCAUACCUGGACUCACUCAGAAUUGACGACCAUUCCCAACGAACAAAUCAUCGCUGAAAUCAAAUGGACUGAACUAGCCAUUAAAGAAGUACUCGGUGUCACUCCUCGUUUGAUGCGCCCUCCUCGAGGAGAUAUUGAUGAUCGCGUUCGUUACAUUGUCAAGCAACUUGGUUAUACACCUGCUAUGUGGUCUGUAGACUCUCAAGACUGGAGAAUCACUACAGGUGGACAAACGGAAGCUGGUCUUUUGGCCGAUGUCACUGCCUGGGCCAACAAGUUGCCUACCAUGACUACCGGUGGUAACUCACUCAUGCAUGAUUUAAACAACGUUACUGUUGGUGCUGCUUUAAAAGCUUUGCCUAUCUUGCACCCCAAGGUACAACUUAGUACUGUAGGUACCUGUGCUGGUUGGGCUCCUGGUGCUUCCUAUGUUGAAACCAAUGGCAAGACAAACACGAAUGCUACAGCUCCUGCUUCUACGUCUUCUGUAGCUCCUGCUUCUAAGAAUGCCGCUGCUACAAGUGAUGCUCAAACUUUUUCUAGACCAGCUCUUUAUACAACUGCUCUUGUUUCUGUUGCUGCUUUGAUUUCUAGUGUGCUUUAA